CAUGUCUGCGCCCUUUGGCACCGUGCUGGGCACGACCGACGGUGGCGUCGAGGUCCACUGCUGCGACUACGAGACGCUCGGCGAAUCGGCGCUCGCGGAUCGCAACGACUUUAAGAAUGUCGUCGACGGCGUCACCACCGGCUACAAGUGGCAGUGCGUCGAGCUCGGCCGGCGCUACCUGCUCGUCAACCAUGGCGUCGUGUACGACAACAUUGCGAUGGCGUACGACAUCUUUCGCCUCAAGUACGUCCGGCGCGUGGCCGACAACGUGCUCUUCCCGCUCGUGCCGCACGCCAACGGGGCAGCGACGCAGCUGCCGGCGAAAGGUGCGCUCUUGAUCUGGAACCCCCUCGGCAAGUUUGAGCUGACGGGCCACAUUGCCGUCGUUGUCGACGCAACGUCCACGUACACGGACAUUGUCGAGCAGAACGUCGACUUUACUGUGUGGCCGGCCGGCCAAACGUACUCGCGCCGGCUACCGACGAUCAUCGACCCAAAGACGGGAGGCAUCACGCUCCAGUGCACGCACGAUGGGUCGAUCCUCGGCUGGACCAGCGUCAACUUUGAGAUCGAGUACAACUACGAAGACGUCCCGAAAGCGUCGCCCGCGGACUUUACGCAGCACCAAGUGACGCUCACAGAGGCCCACCUCGCGCGACCGUGGCUCGACCCGUCGCGUUCGUAUGUGCAAACGUUUCUCGCUCAGCCGAGCUGGCAGCCGUCGCCCGGCGUCUCGGACUACUUUUGCAUGAGCCGCCAUGGCCAGGCCGCGCUCGAGUACGCGACCGAGCACCUCCACCACAUGUUCUUGGACGCGACCGACUUCAUUUUGCACCACCAAGACGAACUGGGCGCCCAUUUUCGCAUCCCAAAGGCGCUCUGGCCGCGGCUGUGGCACUCGUGGAUCCACGCCAAGCCCGACUUUGUCGCUGGCCGCUUUGACUUUACCUUGACGCAAGAGGGUCUCAAGGUGUACGAGUACAACGCCGACUCGGCCUCGUGCCUCAUGGAGUGCGGCUACAACCAAGACGCGUGGGCGUCGCUGGCCGAGCUCGACACCAUCGGUCGCAGCGGCAGCGAGCACCUCUUCACCAAGCUCGUCGACACGUGGCAAGCCCGCAGUGUCAUUGGACCACUGCAUUUGCUCUGUGACGACGACCCGGAAGAGCUCUGCCAGACGCAGUACAUGGCGGCGGCUGCGACCGCGGCGGGCCUCGAGACGCACGUCGUCGUCGGUCUGCACGGCCUCACUCGCGUGGACCACGAUAUCUUGGAUGCGUCGGGCAACAUUCUCUCCAACGUGUGGAAGACGUGGGCGUGGCGCACGGCGCUCAACGAGCUCUCGGAGGACGAGUGGACCGAGUUCUUGGCCACGGACGGCAGUGACGGUAUGGGCUGGGUCACGCCCAAGCACGGGCGGCACCGCUACGACAGCAUCAAGCUCGUCGACGUGCUCUUCAGCCCGAGCAUCCGCGUCUUCGAGCCGCUCUGGACACUCAUUCCGAGCUCGAAAGCGAUUUUGCCGGUCCUCAACACGCUCUACCCGCACCACCCGCUGCUGUUGACGUCGUCGUUUGUGCUCACGCCGGCGCUGCAAGCCGCGGGCUACGUCAUCAAGCCCGUCGCCGGCCGCGCGGGCGCCAACAUCUCGAUCGUCGAUGCGAACGGCAGUGUCUUGUCGCAGUCGGACGGCCGCUGGAGCAACGAUACACCGGUGUACCAAGAGCUUGCGCUGCUCCCAAAGCACAACGGCAAGUACGUGCAGCUCGGCACGUGGGCGAUUGGUGGCGAGCACGGCGGCACGAUCAUUCGCGCCGACGCCAACAAGAUUAUGGGCCUCGAGUCGUUCGUCUACGCGAUGCGCGUCAUCGACUAGAGCGUCCUACUUGUACUAUCGACUGCACAACACAAUAAACUGCAUGUGAAAAUGGACA